AUGCCAUUCUUAACAGAUUUGGAUUAUGAGAAUCCAGUUAAACUUUCAGAAACGCAAAUAAAGACAGUUGCAAUUAUCGGAGGUGGUGCAUCAGGAGCAAUAAUAUUGGAUUCUUUGUUAAAGGAACCAUCUAGUAUCGAGAAGAUCGUGCUUUAUGAAAGACAAAACAAAUUGGGUGGAAUUUGGUUGUUCAAUAAAGAAAUUGGAGAAACACCAAACGACCUUAUCAAAUCAGGAAGUUAUCAUAAUGAUCCCCAGUUGGCCAAUCCUUUCCAUGAUGGGAAACUAAAUUCAUUUGCCAAAGAAGUGAUUUUACCUAGAAAUACACAGGAGAGAUUUAUUGAAACCCCAAGUUACAGUGGUAUGAAAACAAAUAUUCUUGAGAAAAUGAUGACAUAUAGUGAUGUCAAUAAAUGGAACGUUGAUGGGGACUAUGAACAACGGAAAUAUGUUGAUCGAACCAUUGUUCAAAGUUAUAUUCAAAGCUACAUCGAAAGGAAUUUAAAGGAUCCUCGUGUUGAGUUGAAAUUAGGUACCACCGUUGAAGAUGUUGAAAGGGUUGAACGAGAUGACGACGCAGAAUUACCUUAUAGGUUUAAACUAACUAUUAGAAGUGCCAAGGAUGAAGAUAAUGAUUUAUGGUAUCAAGAAGAGUUUGAUACAGUAGUUGUUGCUGCUGGUCAUUAUCAUGUACCAUUUAUCCCAUUUGUUCCUGGCUUGAAAGAAGUUCAGAGAAUGUUUCCAGAAAAAGUCCAACAUGCAAAGUUUUAUAGGGACUCAAGAACUUAUAAGAAUAAAACUGUUGUUAUCAUUGGAUCACGAGCAUCUGGAGCUGAUUUGACAAAGUUUAUUUCUCGGGAACCGGGAACUACCGUCUACCAAUCCAUUAGAAAUUAUAAGAAUACAUUUGUAUUGUCGAAUAGAAGCAAUAUCAUCAAGAAACCCGUUAUUGAAAGAUAUGAGAUUGACGGGUCUAACGUUAGGGUUAUUUUUGAAGAUGGUUCCAUCUUAGUGAAUCCAGAUUUUAUAAUCUAUUGUACUGGAUAUUUGUUUUCAUAUCCGUAUUUAAACAGAUUAACAAAUGGUAAAUUAACAGAUGGUAACAUUGUAACCAAUUUAUAUCAACAUACUUUUUUGAUUAAUGAACCAUUGAUUACAAUUCUUGGUGUGCCAGUUGAUGGGAUAUCAUUUCGAAUUUUUGAAUACCAAGCUGUUCUUUUAAGUAGAUAUUUAACGGCAAAAAUAUCCUUACCUUCAAGAAGACUUCAAAGUGAAUGGGUUAAUCAAAGAUAUACAGAAAGAAAGAAUACAAGAGCAUAUCAUACUAUUGGUGUUGCUGAUAUUUUAAACUACAUUGAUGAAUUGACUUCUUUGGGCAAAGUUCUGGAUAAAAUAAUAGUAGGAAGAAAGUUCCCUAUAAUGACUGAAGAUGAUAUCAAAUUAUACAAGGAAGCUGGUGAAGUAUUAAGCAAGUUCUGGGAUGAGAGAUAA